GCUGGGCAGCCGUGCUGGAAGACUCGACACGACUUGAGAGCAAAAUAUGGGUGAAAAUCAAGAUUUUACCGUUUCUAUACAAGACAGCAAGGCUGCAUACAUACUCAGCAAUGUUGCAGAAGUGGUUGAGCGAAUUCUGACGUUCGUACCAACCAAGUCGCUUCUCCGGAUCGCAAGUGUGUGCAGACUGUGGAGAAACUGUGCGCGCAGAGUGCUGAGGACUCAGCAGCAGCUCACCUGGGUGUCAGCCCGUGGACCGUCCAGCACAGACGCCCAUGUCCUCAGCAGCAUCCUGGCUGACGAAGUGGAGAAAGUGUUCCUCCUGCCCAAAACAGUUCUAGCGUUAGUGGAUUGUGAGGCAUUCAAUGGACAAGCUUAUUGCUACAGACAGAAUAAAGCGAAAAGGAGUCGCCACAGUUCAGACAUAGUUGAAGAACUGAACCUGCUCUUCCCAAAAGGCUGUGACAUCAUGGGUGUCUCUACACCAGGCAUAGUCUUGACUCCCAGCGGCUCUUGCUCCAGCCUUCCUCAGGAGUACCAGGAGGGGGAGGCUGGCUUUGCAAUCAUGCUCCCCAGCAUCGAAGGUGUACACGUCAAGCCCUUUCAUUUUUGCAAGAAGUCCAUCUCCCCAGCAGCCCUGAAAGAAGCAGGUCUAAUUGACAACCCAGAGCUGCGUGUGGUACUGAUGUUUGUCUAUGAGGCAUAUAAGUCUGGAGGAGCGCGGUUCCUCAGCCAAAUACUGGAUCCACUGGCCAAGAGCAAAGCUCUUAUUGCUGGAGGGCUGGUAGAAAGUGUCUUCUCUCCUCGCAGAUACUGCUGUAGCCAGGGUGCAUAUGGUGUGGUGGGCCUGACCCUGAGUGGCCCUAAGGUGCAGGGAGCAUCUGUGCUCUUGGAUCAAGACAUCAGCAACCCAAAGGCGGCUGAAGCCACAAUCCGGCGGCUAAAGGCAGCCAAAAUUCCUGAGCGAAACACCCUCGGUUUCAUGUUUGCCUGCGUGGGGAGAGGCCAGAACUACUACAACAACCAGGCCAAUGUAGAGGCAGACGCCUUCCACAAGGUGUUCCCCAACACUCCGCUCUUCGGCCUGUUCGGUAACGGUGAGAUUGGCUGCGACCGAAUCGUUAAAGACGACUACACGCUGUGCGACACUGACACAGACGGUCUGCAGCACGAGUACACUACAGUCAUGACCCUGGUUCAUUUAGGCUGACUGACUGACCCACAGUGACAAUGGACAAACUGAAGAAAAAGACGACCCAUCAUACCCCUGUUUGCAACAGCAUUUGGGAACAACAAACAUUUUGUACAUAGUGUUACUCACAUUACGACUCCGGAUAUUGCUGUCAUCAUUUCUGCUCAUGAAGCAGGAAAAUGAUCUCUUUGGCCAUCAGUGUAAUGGCAUCAUUUGGGAAAUUGUGUCCCUCGGAGACUGUGUGUGUAAACACAGCUUCGUAUUAUAACUAGUGUGUUUCACUAAGUUCAGAUAUAAAAAGAUAAACCUCUUUUAGUAUUCAAAUGUGACAGAAUACGCUUGUAAAAUAUACCUGUAUAUAUUUUUUUUUCCAAAUUUCGCACACAUUUAAGGCAUAUCUCACCCUCUCACGUCAACCUUGUGGAGUUUUUCCUUUACAGGUGAGUAAAAAUAUACACUUGUGUAUCCAGAAAGCUAUUGUAAUAGUUGAUUCAGCGCAGGCACUUUUUAUUCGUGUAAGUAAGAGGAGUGUGGCCCCUCUUUCACACAAUCAAGAAAAUCUUGAUUUAAAUGCUCUUCCUUGUUACAUAGGUUUUACACUUAUGGUUUUUUCACUUUGUUUUACCGAUGGAAAGCAGAAAUGUUAGCCUACAAUUUAAUACUCUUUGGUAAGAUAUCUGUCCACCAUGAUUCAGUUGGGCACAGAGGAAUCAGGCAGAAUCUUACAGUGCCUAUUAUUUUGUCGGCAGGUCUGGUCAUAUCUCUCACUACCUUCGUCCAAAUGCAAAUAGUUGGGCUUAAUUUUUACGUCAUCUCCUCCUCCUGCAGCUUUACAGAAAAAAAACAUCCUAAAACAGAAAAGAGAGCGGGGCAGAAUGGCUCCCCUGUUGGCUGUGUAAGUAACAUUGAGCAGAAAAAAAGUCUCAAUUUUAUGUCAUUUUAGUCCUGGUUCUUCUACAUUUUAAACUUAAGGCAACAUUAACACAAGCUUACAAGACUUUUAAAUUUUUUUCUACUACAUAAAAUAUAUCAGUAAAUACCCACUCAUGAACUUUGAAGCUUUAAUGUGUCUUAAAAAAGACGGUUGCUAACAAGUGGCUAAGUUUGACUACAGGGCGCAAUCACGCCGAGCAGUGCUGAGUACGGCUUUACAGCCGUGUAGCAGUGGCAGCACGGCCACAGUGUAGCCUUGUUCGUUUUAGCCCAGUAAUGUCUUUUUGCUUUGGCUUCAAAAAUCCUGAAAGUGGUCUUCAUUUGCUGUAAGUAUAGGAAAUGUGUCUUUACCACUUAUUUUCUGCAAUGAUCAAGAAUCAAAUGGAAAUAUCUCAUAGGUUUUUCAGUAAGGGAACCAGGGUGACAUCACCUUCCAGGUUGGUCUACAGAAAAAGCGUUAUCCCUGGGAUAAUCUAUGUUGAGCUUCCAUUUAUCUAUAAAAGCUGCAGCAGUGAUUGCUGCAAUAAUGGGUGAUUUCUAGAAAAAAUCCAAUAUUUAACUUUUUAGCAAAAAUGAUUCCUCAUUUUGUAUCAUAAUACACACACCUGCCCUUAUAGCUUUUGAAGAGGCAAUGAAAUGCAUUUUGUGUUAGUGUUUAUGGCUUACUGAUCAAAGGUGUUUGUUUUUGCAGUUUUCUACAUGUGCCAAAUCAUAUCUGCUCUAUUCAUUCCCUCAAUAAAUUUAAUUCAAUAAAUA